GUGACAAUCUGUACACAGCGGGAAAGCAUUGAAAAAGAAUUCCGGGCUCACAAGUCCAAUAUUUGGACGUUAUUUAUUUAUUUGCUAUUGGCCAAAGAGGGACAUGUGUUUAAUUGUGUGUGUCCAGUCAAUGCUUCCCCAAAGGACCGUUACAGUACAGUAGUGAUAGACUUGGCCGACUGGGCGGGUAAAAAAAAGUUUGAAGUUGAGUAAGUACGACACACGAGUGACACAGCUGAGGCGAGAGAGAGAGAGAGCGGGCAGAGCUCAGUCACGUCUCCACGGUCGAGGAACUAUGUCUUUUAUUCUCCUAAAGAAGAAGAGAUUUAAAUUUAAAGUUGACUUUGACCUGGAAGAAUUAUCCUCUGUCCCCUUUGUAAAUGGGGUAAUAUUUUGUAAAGUUAGGCUACUGGAGGGAGGGUUUUCCGAAGAGUCUUCCCGGGAGACUGUUCAAGCAAACUGUGUUCGCUGGGGUACGAGAUUCUCCUUUGUUUGUAAGAUGAGCGCCAAUGCAAUAACUGGUAUACUGGACCCUUGUUUUUGUCGGGUAUCUGUGCGCAAGGAAGUGAAAGGGGGGAAAAGUUUCACAAAGCUUGGCUUUGCUGACUUGAAUUUGUCUGAGUUUGCUGGCUCUGGUAGUUGUAUACGACGAUGUCUUCUUGAAGGCUAUGAUACAAAGCAUACCAGACAGGACAAUUCAAUACUAAAGGUUGUAAUCAAUACACAGCUCAUAUCUGGAGAUCCUUGUUUUAAAGCUCCUCCAUCUACAGCUAUGACACUAAGGAUUCCACAGACUGAAGCAGGGUGCCUACUUGAGGACAGACAUGGUGGAGACCAGCAAACAUCACUGUCUUUAAGAGGAAGUCCUGUGAAAUCAGUUUCUGUCCCAGAAGGACUUUUAGCUUAUGGUCACUCCAGAACCCCAAGCCAUGCAAGUCAGCAUUCAAAAAUGUCAGGCUGCAGUUCAAAUCAUUCCAGUUUAAUAGAACUUAAUCACAAGAGAGAUCCCUCUGGUGAUUCAGCCUCUACAGGCAUUGGGAGCAUCCAUGAAAUCAGUGAGCAGCAUUUUCACAAAGGUGACUGGGAGAGACCUCCCCUCCCUGUAGUCAUUACCAGCUUUAAAGAUCAUGAACAUCUCUCAUCUCCUCAAAAAAUCUCAAGGCAACCUUUAAAACAAAACUCAGUUGAGAACCAGUUGAAGCGAGUUGACGCCACAAGAGUGAAUGCAGAUGACGUAAUAGAGACAAUCUUGCAGAGCCAGGAUUUUAGUCAUGACUUGUUGGACUCCAGUACAGAAGAAGAAGGUUUAAGUCUGUUUGUUGGACCUGGUGGCAGCACUGCCUUGGGAAGCCAAUAUACCAGGGUUGGAGUUGGGACCUUUGAACAGGUUGUGAUCCAGCACUAGAGACUGCCCUUGGUACCACAUGGAACAAUGAGAUUUGCGCUCUUAUUUUGGAACCACAAGAGUCCCCUGGUGUGCAAUCUAAGGUGUUGCAAUAAUCAUUUAGUACACUACACUCAUUGACUGUAUACCUACACUACACCUUAUCUGGUUAUGUCGAAUUUCUUUUUUAUACAUGAACUGUUUUAAUUUUUGUAUGUUAUUAAAAUAAUUUCUGCUGUGCAA